UUCUUAUUUGCUUACACAAAGCCUAUUCAGUGGGGAAUUAUCUUGUUAAGAUCUAAUCGUACACAGUGUAUGUGUGGUGUAAAUAUAUGGCCAUUUAAAAUUCAAAUACAGAAUGUGGAGGUCAUUGUCGGAACCUUCUGUGCCUCAGAAAGUGUGAAUGAAUUAUUAGACUGCUUUCAUUCUUUCCUCACUGUUCACAUUACUAUUUGCAGCUGGGAGCUAUGCCAUAAGUUACCUUUAUAUUAGCACUGAAAAUUCCAAGACUUUAAACCCAAAAUAUUUCUUCUUCUUUUUACUCUCAGUUUUAUUUGUAGGCUGUAAAAACAUACAGUGUGUCUGUUGAUCAGAAUUUGGUUGAGAUGUCAGAAAUUUGUUAAGCCAGGAAAAGAUCCUCAAAAUUAUGAACAUGGUGAAGAAUAAAGAAGUGAGCAUUGAAGGAGCUUUGCAUUUGGCAAAGAAAGAAGUGUAUGCUGAAAAGGAUUCACAGGAUUUGCUAACUGGCUCACAAUUUAACUUCGUUAUCUACAAAUACAAACACUAUCGGUGGCAGAAACGAAUUUUGCAGAUUGAUUUCAACACAAAGACCAUUUUUAACAUUGAAAAAGGAAUUAUUAAGAAACAGUUCCCUUUCUCACAAGUCAAAGCCUGUGAGGAUACUGAAAGGAGGCGCUUCAGCAUUGUGUUCCAUGGGCGACAAGAUUAUGAGCUAGAAGCUGUGUCUCUUGAUGAUAAAAGGAAGAUAAUCUACCUUCUAAGCAGAGUUAUACAGAGCAACUCAUACAAGAGACCAGCAGAGUCCUGCUCUGGCAGACCUGCAGAAUGUGACGUGGUACAUGAAGGACUGCUGGAUUUGCAGCAAAAGACUUCUACAUCUACUGAAUGGGUGAAGUACUUGGUACAACUACGUGAAGGGGAAUUGACUUUGUAUUGCAUAGGUCUGGGAGGACAGAAUAAGAAUGCAGACCCUAUAACCAAUGCAAUUAAUUUGUCAGUUGGCAAUGUGAGUGUCCACAAGGAGAAUGGAUGCGGUACCUUUUCAGUCCAGACUGAAGAAUGCAAUUAUCUGUUUCGGAUACCCUUGACUGUCCAAAACAACAGGAUAGAGCAUGUUAGCAAGCUCCAGAAUGAAUGGGUGUCUCUCAUAGAGAAGUACUGUCCGCUGUGCAAGGACGCCUCACUGCCUCAGGAGGGGUCUCAAGAAUGCAUCUCCUCCGAAGCGGAUUAUGAGGAUUUUAUUGUACCUCUGAAUGAACAGAAAGAGGAAGCCAUCUACUUAGCUAUUCAAAAGUCUGUCUGGGGAUCAUGUGACCUGUGCAAGAGAAAAAUAGACGUAUCCAGACUCUGUGAUCAGUUCCAGGCCCAGGACAUGGCGAUAUUUUCAGGCAACGAACCUUCGGUGACCCAACAUAUCAUGUUAGAUCGGAAAGUUGCUCAUAACUUCAGUAAGUGUAUUCAUAAGAAGUGUGUAGUCCUGUCUCGAAGCCUGGGAUACAUGCCAACACCAAAAGAUGUAGAAAGGUACCAGUCAUUCAAGGGGUCUCCUUCAGAGCUGCAUGUGGUUGAUCAGUUUAUGUUGGAGAUGUGUAAAAUCCCCCACUUAGGCCAGAGGUUGGAUCUCCUGCUUACUGUACGUGAGCUCCCUGUGAGCAUGAGGGAUUUGGAGCCUUUAAUAAACCAGAAAAUCCAAGCUAGCAAACAGCUGCAGUCCAGCCAGAAAUUUGUUGCUGUCUUGGAGUACAUUUUAGCCAUUGGGAACCAUUUAAAUGAAAAGGCUGGAAAAGUGAAGGCUGAAGGAUUUCGAUUGUCGUCUUUGACCAAAUUACCUCUUUUGCGGGGUAAAGAGAGGACAUUCACCUUGCUUCACGCCCUUGUGGAACAGAUCCUCUUACAUGAGCCUGAUCUGGCCAAAUUUUCUCACGAGUUGACAGAAUUUGAAGCCCUUCCUGAUGCUUCCAUGAAGGGCCUCAGUGCUGAAGUUGAUGUUUUAAAAAAAGAAUUGGAAAAUGUUAUUCGGUGCAGGCAGCUUAUUAAACCCAAGACAAUCAAGGCAACGGCCCAGGAGUCGCAGUUCUGCAAGGAACUAAAGGAUUUAACUCAGAAAUAUGAAGGGGAUCUAUCCCAGCUGUCAAAAAGAUGUGAUGAAAUGAAGAAGCUUUAUAGCAACAUACUGGUAAAAUUUGGGGAGCCUCAAGACCUAGACUCUCAGGAGCUAUUUGGCUGGAUAUCUUCAUUCAUUAGAGAGUUUAAGAAGGCCUGUGCUGAAGUCAUGCCAUAA